AAAUCAAGUUUUGAGAAAAAAAAAAUCAUUGAUUUUUUCGCAUAUAAAUUCACGGAUUUGCUACUAAAUUACUGAAGAAUCAACAACAAAAAUGUCGAUCGCCAAGCCACAACUUCGAGGUCUUCUCCAAAAUCAAAUCAAGAAAAACCUUCUCAUUUCAGGAGUUUUUGUCACUGUUGUCAUGGUAGCCGUGCAAGUCUUUCGCAAUGAGCCCAAGAAACGCGAUUAUGCAGAAUUCUACAAAAACUACGAUCCAGAGGCAGUAUUCCAACGUAUGGUAGCCGGCGGAUACAUGCAGUGCGUUGAGAAACGCGAUUAAAUAUCCAUAAUUCUUAAUUUUUUUCGCAAACAGUAAUUUAGUUCCAAUACAAAAACAAGGCAGAAAUUUGAUGGAAAAGUAAAAUUUUGAACCAUUGGUGUUAAAAAAAUUGCAUUCAUGCAGUAUAACUUAAUAAAACGGAU